CGACACAGUCGUUGCAGGUACUGCCCCUUGUCAUCUAUCGACGUCGAUUCCCUUGACUGCCUACACCCCUCUUUCUCACCUAUUCUCGGCCCCUCGCCUGUCUUUUCAGGCGAUUUUUCUCGUAUCAAGUCGCCGACUUAACUCAUUCGUGCCAAGUCUGACUUUGCUUCUGACGUUUCCAAUUAUCAAACCAUGUCUCAAAAUCAGGGUGACAUUCAAGAGAGGAUUGCUGCUGCUCGUAGGGAGGCGGAGAGCUUGAAGGAAAAGAUUCGUGCAAAGAAAGAAUCAUCAGCAGAUACCAGCUUGCGUGCUAUGGCCGCAGAAGUUGAUGCACUUCCCCGAAUUGUGAUGCGUCCGCGUCGCGCACUGAGAGGUCACCUUGCUAAGAUAUAUGCUAUGCAUUGGGCGACGGACCGGAGACAUCUCGUUUCUGCCUCACAAGACGGAAAGCUGAUUGUCUGGGAUGCUUACACGACGAACAAAGUACAUGCUAUCCCUCUGCGGUCAAGCUGGGUGAUGACCUGCGCAUAUGCCCCAUCUGGAAACUACGUCGCUUGUGGCGGUCUUGACAACAUUUGCUCCAUUUAUAACCUCAACAGCAAAGAAGGUGGUACCAGCGUCAAGGGCGCUCGCGAGCUUAGCGCUCACUCCGGAUAUCUCAGCUGCUGCAGAUUUAUCAAUGACCGACAGAUUGUUACCAGUUCGGGUGACAUGACUUGCAUGCUGUGGGACAUUGAGGCGGGUGUCAGGGUGGUCGAGUUCAGUGAUCACACAGGUGAUGUCAUGAGCUUGUCCCUGGGUCCGAAUCAGAACGUAUUCGUUUCCGGUGCUUGUGACGCCACAGCCAAACUAUGGGAUAUUCGGAGUGGCCGUGCGACUCAGACAUUCACUGGUCAUGAAUCAGACAUCAAUGCCGUUCAAUUUUUCCCCAACGGUGACGCGUUUGCCACCGGCUCCGAUGACGCCUCUUGCCGCUUGUUUGACAUUCGUGCUGACCGGGAACUCAACACUUUCACACACGAUAACAUUCUAUGUGGUAUCACCUCUGUUGCUUUUUCAAUCUCAGGACGUAUCCUAUUUGGAGGUUACGACGAUUGGACAUGCAACGUCUGGGAUACUCUGAAGGGAGAACGUGUUGGCGUGCUAACAGGGCACGAGAAUCGGGUCAGCUGUUUAGGUGUCAGCACUGAUGGCAUGGCACUUUGCACUGGUAGCUGGGACAGUACGCUCAGGGUCUGGGCGUAAUGUACUGUAUAUAUUUCCUUCUCCCGGAUACCCCAUGCCGCUCGUGGGCCUUGUGUCUCUACGCGAAAGGUUUCAUUGCGUCUCUGAUGUGUUUUUCAUGCACGGUAUCUGAUCCUUCAUAUGUUCAUCCUAUACCCUUAACCGCGCUCCAUCGGAAUGGACGCCUCGAGUCAUUCGUUAGAUGCUUUGCUGCCCUGCAAUUUUCACAGCCACAGUCUGACCCUUCUCACUCGUGGUUUACAUAUAUCUCCCUGCUAUCCAGUUUGCCUCAGUUUCAAGUUUUUCUCUUUUCCUGCCUUUCCUACUUUUAGGUCUUAUAUAUUGUCGAAUUCAUAAAUUUCUCUUCUCGUACAUGGAAUUUGGAAUAAAUGCACAUGCUUGUGUUC